GAGAGAGGGAGAGUGCCUGUCAUCUAUUUACUGCAGAAGGGAAGGGAAGAAGGAGAAGCGAAGAGGAAGCGUCUCUCUUUCGCUUAUCUUGCUCUCCUCUUUCCCUCGUCCUUGUUUCCUUCCUCUUGCUUCCUUGUAUUCCCUCUCUUUCUCUUCCUAACAGGAACCUGCCACGAAGAAGAAGAUGAACGGUCAGAUUUCAUCUCAGGCUCGUCAGAAGCUCAUUAUAGACACCGAUCCCGGUAUCGACGACGCAAUGGCGAUUCUAAUGGCGUUUCAAUCCCCUGAUUUGGAGGUUUUGGGGUUGACAACGAUCUUCGGCAACAUUGACACUAAAGGUGCUACUAAGAACGCGCUUCAUCUGUGUGAGAUCGCAGGGUUUCCGGAGACUCCGGUGGCCGAGGGCAGCGAAGAACCUUUAAAGCGAUGUAGGCCUCGAAUUGCUGACUUUAUUCAUGGCGCUGAUGGCCUCGGGGACACAUCUCCUCCAUCUCCCAAGGGAAAGAAAAUUGACAGACGUGCAUGUCAGUUUUUAGUUGACAAGGUCACUGAAUUCCCUGGUGAAGUGUCCAUUCUUGCGUUGGGGCCACUGACUAAUUUGGCAUUGGCUAUCAAGAGCGACUCAUCCUUUGCAAGAAAGGUGAAGAAAAUAGUCGUACUUGGUGGAUCGUUUUUUGCGUCUGGAAAUGUCAACCCUGCUGCUGAAGCAAAUAUAUAUGGCGAUCCUGAAGCUGCUGAUGUGGUAUUUACUUGUGGAGCAGAUAUCGUGGUUGUUGGGAUCAACAUCACUACACAAGUCAUACUAACAGAUGAUGAUCUUGCAGAAAUGAAGGGUUCUGGAGGAAAACAUGCUCAAUAUCUAUACGACAUUUGUCAGUUCUACAGGAACUGGCAUCUAAAAUCCGAUGGGCUUCGUGGAAUUUUUUUACAUGAUCCCGUGAGUUUUGUUGCGUUGGUUCGGCCUGACCUUUUCACAUUCAAAAGAGGAGCUGUAAGGGUUGAAACACAGGGCGUCUGCGUGGGCCAUACACUAAUGGACCAAGGGCUAAAGAAGUGGUAUUCCAAUAAUCCCUGGACAGGCAUUUCUCCAGUGUCAGUUGCGUGGACAGUUGAUACACAUGGUGUACUGCAAUAUAUCAAAACCCACCUGAUGAAAUCAUAAAGUCUCAGAAGAUUCGUGGCGUGGACAAUUGAUACACAUUGUUGGAUUUUUCUACCAAAUUUAUUUGGUUUUAUACACUUCUUCACUUGCUCAUUGAUUGUGCUGAGCCUUAGCGUGAAGAGUUCUAUUCACUAAAAAAAAUGGUCGAGCUGUGAUGCAACAGAUCUGGCUACUUAAUGUGUUUUCCUUUGUCAUUGUAAAAAAUACUUUUCUCGUCACGCAGAUUGAGGCCAUUAACAUUGACGAGCUCGUACAUUACAAACUCAGUUUGUGCA